CUCUCAGCCAGUCGAGUGUCUUGAAUGUCAUAUCGUAUCGAUAAAUGGCUAAUAAACCAAGAAAAUUACUCGAUAGAUACGGUAUUCUAAUCGAACAUCUCGAAUUCGAUUACAUCGGACAGUGCGCGGACGAACGGGAGCUCGAAAAAAUAGUGAAAGUGCUUCGUUCCGGCGAGGAAGGAUAUUUUUCCGAACUGACGACGUUUGCCGAAGAACGAUUGAAGGUUCUCAAUCCGAAAAAUAAGGUUUUCCGGAAGGAAACUCCUCUAGGCACUAGGGAAACGGUUCCCACGGACUGUUGGAAGCAAAUUAGUUCCGAUUUGGAAGGAUGGGCGAAUCAAAUGAAGUCAGUGAACAACAAUGAGCCGAACGUAAAAGGUCUUUCGCAGAAUUCGAUCCCGCCAAUUAGAGAAGUGUCCGUUGAUCUGAUUGUAGGUCCUAAAAGUGCUAGUGAGCGUGUCCCGUGUGAAAAGAUUCAAUCAUGCGAUUAUCAAAAAUGGGAUCGCUAUGAUCCGGACACCGAACUGUUGAAAAUGGAUUUCGACGAGGAACGCCACCGGGACUUUGUUCAGAAUCGGAAUCAAAAGAACUUGACACGGAAUAAAGGGGACGAAAGCGUUACCAUUUCUGAUGAGUUGACUGAAUUUGAGAGAAAAACAUUGGCUAUAAAAUCGAAAGAGAAGGGAAACGAUUAUUUCCAUAGUAAGGAGUUUGAAAGUUCUCUCGUGGAGUACAGUAAAAGCAUUGCCAUUUUUCCAACUGCUGCUUGCUUCAAUAAUCGGGCCUUGGCCUAUAUUAAACUAGCGCGCUUCCCAGAAUCUAUUUCUGAUUGCGACGAUUGUUUGAAGCUUGAACCGGACAACGUGAAAGCACUGCUUCGUAAAGCUGAAGCACUGACGAUGGACGAUAAACGACGUGCGGCAUACCAGGUUUACUGCCAAGUACUCGGUAUCGAUUGCUCCAACAGUGUGGCAUUGAAGAAGGUGGACGAUUUACGGGGUCAACUACCGGACCUACCACCGCCGAAUGCAACGCAAAUCAUGGUAGAGGAUGUACGAAACGAGGGUGACAGCUCGGACGAGGAUUUUGCUGCUCUGGUUAGACCGAAAAAGAUUACCAAAGAUAGGCUUCCGGAUGCCAUGAAAGCAUUGAAGAGCGAAACAACGAAAUUGAUACGGGAUAGCGUCGAGAAAAGCCGCCAACAACCGUCGGUUGAUAUUCGGCCACCAUCGGGACCAAAGCAGCGGUUGAUUGAAGAGCUUUAGACUUAUUGUUGAGUUUGAAGCAUUCGAGCAUGGUUGUCAUCUUAGUUUUUGAUAAACUGUUUCAAUGUCUUUUGAAUUGUAGGAAUAUUCAAUGUAGCUCUCUGUCUGUGCCCCAAAUAAAUAUUUUUUAAAAAAAUCUCUCAUUUCCUCGGCAUCUUAGAACUAAG